UGCGCUCGUGCGCGCGCGCGCGUAUUUGUGUGUGUAAAUUCCAAGUACUCGUGUAAUUAGCGAAUGUUUUCGAGGCUAAAAUCCGAUUCCAAAACCCUGGUGGAACAGCAAUCUUAUAAUGUCUACAUGUCACAACUUCUCUCUAACCUUUCUUCCAUAUUAUUUUACUGAUCAAAACAUCAAAACAGGAUAAAGAACGAGUAAAUUGCAGUGGAAGGCUUCUUGUUAGCGCAAAGUGAGUAGAAUAUGUUAGGAACUUGGGAAAAGGUGUUCAUAUUUUCUCUGAGUCAUUAUAUAGCUAUGAGCAACGUCCGGAGGAAAAAGAAACACAUAAAGUGAUGAAAACAGGUUUCUUCUUAGGACAACAUUGAUAAAUUUUGUGAAACAAGGAAGAAGGAUAUACUGUACUACUCACUGGUUAGACGUAAAUAUUACAUGUAACUAUGUGAUUAGAUUUAGAAUUUGGAUGUGUUUUUAAAAAGGCUAGAGGGAAAUGGUCACACGUAAGCAGAAAAUGCCAGAUCGUAAUUUGAUACAGGAAUACAUCGGAAUAUAAUGAAAGGAAGACUUAAAGGCCUAAAAGAAUAAACACCUCAGCCAGAAGUUAAAAUCAGCGAGAAUCUACAGGCAUACAAGAAAGAAACUGAUCAAAAGAAAGAAUCCGAGAUGCCCAGCAAUCAACAACUGCGUGCCUGACAAUGUACUGUAUGGCCCUCUGCUUGAUGGAGAUAGAGCAUAUUUAGGACCCAAUGGGGGUUGCCUGAUCAGGAUUAAUCAGGGGUUUCUUUACGACUCGAAGAUACUCACUUAAUUAGAUUGAGCAAGUAGCAGAGAGUGUAGCUAUCCUAUAUUGGGAUGGAUCUGAAUUCCUGGUUAUUUUAAAAAAGUUCAGCUUGGCAAAAGUUUAAGGCAAAGAUAUAUUCUCCAGUUGUACUCAAAUCACUGUAAUCAGAGAUCGCUAAAGGGAAUAUCCCACUGUAAAUCAAUAUAUUUAUAUACAUACAUAUAUACCUGUGAAUGAGUGUGUAGUGUAUGCCGAAUUUAUGGGAAGGUACAGUAUAUCGAAAAUAAUACAAAUACGUUUUGGAAUGUCACACUAGGUUGUAUGAAAUCCACUAUCCCUUCGAAAAUCCCCAUUCCUGACGAAGGAAUUCAAUAUAUAUAAAUAUUAUAUACAUGUAUAUCACUCACCAUGCACCACAAUAUCAGUUCUACUGAUGCCUUACUCAGUAGAGUUUCACAACAACUCAAUGAAAACAGAAAGUCUACCAAGAGCAAUGAUGAUCUGCAGAACUAUUUAAAUUCCCUGAAGAAACAAACCAAAGGUGGUACUGUAACAUUCAAAGACAUCAGUGAUAUUUCUUUCUCCAGUGAAGAGACAAGCAUUGAUAUCUCUGACUCAAGUAAGCAGGAUGUUCAGGAGAAAUUUUUUAAAAAGGACUUAAAUUUUCGAAACAAUUCAUUUAUAAAACCAUCACCUAAUCUAUCCAUUAUGAAACGGAGUCAAACUGAUGAGCUGUUAAAUUCGAAAUCUUUUGAUUCAGAAAUUGGUAACCUCACACCUUCAUUUCAAAAAGAAAAAAGCUCAGCACAGACUUCAAGUGCAUUGGAGAGAGCUUCUAAACUGUUUGCCAAAUUUGGAAAAAAAUCUUCUGAUAUUGGUAGAUCCUCUGGAGUGAAGUUACAUAAAAAUGAUAAUGAAAGUAGCUCUGGGAAAUUACAGAAUGACAGAAAGAACUACAGUCAUGAUCUUGACAGAUCUACAUCAGAUGACAAUAUUGGCAAAAGUGGUCGACGUUUUCUAAAGCCACAGUUAUCCAAAGAAUCAUACAGUGGUGUUCUAUCAGCUGUUACAGACAAAGAAUCAGAAAAAAAAUCUGAAUUAAAAACAGAAAGUGUCAAAGAAGUCUCACAUAGUUACUCUGGUGUGACGUCAGGUGAUGAAAGUCUGGCAGAGUUUAUUGGUAGACUUGAAUCUCCAAGUGAAGUGACUCAUGAAGAUGUCCCAAAGGAACUUAAGCAGAAUAAAGAUUUUCCAUCCAAAAAUAAAUCUUUGCCACACAAGCCACAUAUCUCCUUUUUACGUGUGCGGAGUCCUUCACCAUCUCGUAAGAUUUCCACCUCACGUACACCCUCACCUGGUGUCAAGUCUUCCAUUGAAGAUAAGACGGUUGCAGAGUCUUUAACUGCAGAGACAAUACCAGAAGAAGAAGAUGAAGCAGAUGUAGAAGAAGUUCUCUCUGAAAGCAAUGAACAAGAGGACGAGGUGGACUUGAGCGAAGAUCUUUCGAGAAUGAACAUUUUCAACAUUGAUGAUUUGGAACUUGCUAGUGCUGUAGUCGUUUCCUCAGAGAAAGAAGAAAGUGAAACUGAAACAAAGGAACAAAAUGUACAACUGACAUCGAAGACACCAAAGAAAAACCUGUUAAUAACCAAGAAAGAAUCAGAUAUAUCAGUCAGUGAAGAUAUUCCUGAGAGAGGAAAUGCAGCCAAUAUUUUCUCCUCAUUUGGAGUUCAUAGCAUCGAAGAACUUCUACCAAGGAACCAUUCAGCUUUAAGUAAUCAUCAGACUGUAAGUUUUGAAGGUGCAUCCAUUGUCAAGACUGCAUCACAUCUAGAGGAGUCCAUUGCAGAAUCAGUGCCUGAAGAUUCUAUUGUGUCCGAUGUACCAUUAAGCAGGAAGCGAACACCUUCUGUAGCAGUGUUGGAAACCUAUUCUGAAGACUUUACUACUCUGAGUAAUUCUAAAUCUGAAACUGUAGAGUACACUGAGGACUUCCAUACUCUUUCUGCUUCUAAAACAAUCGACAAAGGGACCAGUACCUCCACUAUUUUUGUAACAGAGUAUGAGCUAUCAGAUUUUUAUCUCUUUGGUCAAUAGCAGUGUGUGGUUAUUGAUGUUGUUAUUACUGUUGUUGUUGUUGCUAUUUUUAUUUUUUGUUAGGAGAGAAGGCAAUGCCUAAGAUCCUUUACAGGGUCUCUGUGACUAGUGGGAUGGAGAGAAGAAGGGAGGUCUUCAAACAAGGACCCUGUCCUGAAUGCUUGCAAUAAAGUAGAUUCUGUUAAAGACACUCAGCCAGGUGAUAGUAUCAACCCUUUAGCAUUCAGAUGACUCUGUCAAAUGUAGUUC